GCUGGGAAGUUGAAACAGACAUUACCGAAGGUCGCCAAGUGAAAAGAGGAAUUCCUGGGGCGGUUCCAGCCUGGACCAAAGUCCCUGCAAGAUGGAGAAGGAAGAGGAGGAAACACGGGAGAUCUUACUCCCCAACUGGCAAGGAAGCGGCUCUCAUGGAAUCACCAUUGAUCAGACGGAAGAUGGAGUCUUUGUGAAGCAGGUGGUACAGACUUCUCCUGCAGCCAGCACUGUGAAGGAAGGGGAUCAGAUUGUGAGCGCCACCAUCUAUUUUGACAACCUGCAGUCCGGAGAGGUCACGCAGCUGCUGAACAGCAUGGGCCACCACACCGUGGGGCUGCGGCUGCAAAGAAAGGGGGACAGGUCUCCACUGCCAGGACAGUCAUGGUCACACGAUGUGUUCUCAUCCACGAGCCCGGAAGUUGUUCUGAGUGGGGAUGAUGCAGAAUACAGGAGAAUUUACACAACGAAAAUCAAACCACGUCUGAAGUCGGAUGAUGCAGCAGAAGCGGAACACACAGAAAGCAGAACCAUUACCGUCACCAAAAAGGUCACAGCAUAUACCGUAGAUGUCACUGGACAUGAGGGAGCAAAAGAGAUUGACAUCAGCAGCCCAGAAUUUAAAGUUAAGAUUCCAAGCCACCAACUCACCCAUAUAACAGCAACAGAAAUUGAAAAAGAACCUGGGAAAACUGUGAUCAAAAUACCACAGGUGGAUUUGUCUGGGACGACAACACAAACAAGAGACUUCAGUAUGGGGAUCCGAGGUAGACCUAGUGGCAUCUCAUAUCCUGGACCAACAGUUGAAUCCUCUACCAAAAGGUUGGACAUUGGUACUCCUGACGUACACAUGAAAGAGCCCAAGGUGGGAACUGAGAUAAAUGUUUCUGGACCUCAACUCACAGGUGUUCACCUGAGAACACAAACAGACUUUAAACCAGCAGUAAUUCAGGUUCCAGGUGUGGAUGUUGGCAAAUCAGUUAGUGUCUCUGGUACUAGAGUCACAAGCCCAGAGAGCAGCUUGCCCAGAAUCGAAGCAAAUGGACAGAGGGGAAACCUGGAUGCAAAUAUUCACACCACAGGCCCUAAACUAAGUGGAAAAAAGGGUGUUUCAGGCAUAGAUGUCAAAACCGAAGCUCCAGGAGGCAAACUGCCACAAUUCGGUAUUUCAGGCUCCAAGAUAAGAAGCGAUAUGGAAGGUCCCAAAGUUGAUGUAUCUUUUUCAGAAAUCAAGGGUCCUUCAGUUGAUAUUUCUGGCCCUAAGAUUCAAGGUGAUAUCAAAACUCCAAAGGUAGACAUUCCCCUUUCGAGCAUCGAAUGCGAUACGCAAGACAUUAAAGCUCCGGGAAUGAACAUUGAAAGCCCAGGAAAAAUAAAAAUGCCUGCAAUGAAGAUGCCUAAAUUUAGCAUCUCAUCUUCAGCUUCAGGAACUGAUGUUCGAGCACCACAGGCAGGUGUAGACAUUUCUGCACCAAAGAUGCAAUCUCCUUCCCUAGAUAUUACAGCUCCAUCUGUUCAUGUUGAAGGUCCAAAGGAAAAACUGAAAUUUACAGCGCCUGCAGGUGAGGGCACUAACAUUGCAAAGCCACACGUGGGUGUGGCUCUCAAAGGACCUCAGUUGAUGAAGGGAACGAUGGAAGUGUCCUCUCCAACACUAGAAGGUCCCAAAGUCGAUGUUAAGAGCCCCAAGAUUGAUCUUGUGGCUCCUGAUGUUGAUAUUCAAGGUGGUGAAGGAAAAAUAAAAAUGCCCUCAAUGAAAUUUCCUAAAUUUACUUCACCAGGUUUCAAAGAGGCAGCACCUGAUGUGGAUGUGACGCUUCCAAAGGGGGAGGUUGCUAUUGCUGGUCCCAAAGUAGACAUCAGCAUGCCAGAUGCAGGCACUGGAAGAGAAUGGAAAGUCCCCAAAUUUAGGAAGCCUGAAUUAAUUAGCCAGACCCCAAAAAUCUCUAUGUCAGAUGUGGACCUGAAUCUAAAAACUCCCAAGCUGAAGGAAGAUGUGAGUAUUUCAGGGCCAAGGAUCGGAGGGGAUCUGAAAGGACCCACUGUGGACAUUAAAGGCCCAAAACUAGACAUUGAAGCUCCUGGCAUUGGCCUUGAAAGUCCUGAAGGUCAGGUGAAAGGGCCCAAAUUCUCGAUGCCUUCUUGGAAAAUGUCACCAUCAAAAGUAUCCAUGCCGGAUGUGGAUGUGAGUUUGAAAGGGCCUCAACUGAAGGGAGAUGUGGAAGUUUCCGUCCCACAAAUAGGAGGUGACUUGAAGGGACCUCAGAUUGGCAUAAAGGGUCCCAAGAUAGACAUAGAUGCUCCUGACAUUGGCAUUGAAGGGCCAGAAGGACAUCUGAAAGGUCCCAAGUUUAAGAUGCCUGAAAUGCACAUCAAGACCCCUAAAAUCUCCAUGCCUGAUAUAGACUUGAAUCUGAAGGGUCCUAAACUCAAAGGAGAUGUGGAUGUUUCAGUGUCAGAGUUGAAAGGGGAGUUAAAAGCUCCUGGAAUUGACAUUAAAGGUCCAAAAGUGGAUAUUGAUACACCGGAUAUUGAUAUUCAUGGCCCAGAAGGUAAACUGAAAAUGCCUAAAUUGAAAAUGCCAAAAUUCAGUGUGCCUGGGUUGAAAGGGGAGGGGCAAGAUGUGGAUAUAACACUUCCAAAGGGGGAGGUGGAUAUUUCUGGUCCCAAGAUACAAAUUGGUGCUUCAGGUUUGGACAUUGAAGGACCCGAGGGAGAAUUAAAAGGUCCCAAAUUUAAAAAGCCCGAAAUGCAUGUCAAGACACCGAAAAUCUCCAUGCCAGAUGUGGACCUGAAUCUAAAAGCUCCCAAGCUGAAGGGAGAUGUGGGUAUUUCAGGACCAAGGAUCGGAGGGGAUCUGAAAGGACCCACUGUGGACAUUAAAGGCCCAAAACUAGACAUUGAAGCUCCUGGCAUUGGCCUUGAAAGUCCUGAAGGUCAGGUGAAAGGGCCCAAAUUCUCGAUGCCUUCUUGGAAAAUGUCACCAUCAAAAGUAUCCAUGCCGGAUGUGGAUGUGAGUUUGAAAGGGCCUCAACUGAAGGGAGAUGUGGAAGUUUCCGUCCCACAAAUAGGAGGUGACUUGAAGGGACCUCAGAUUGACAUAAAGGGUCCCAAGAUAGACAUAGAUGCUCCUGACAUUGGCAUUGAAGGGCCAGAAGGACAUCUGAAAGGUCCCAAAUUUAAGAUGCCUGAAAUGCACACCAGGACCCCUAAAAUCGCCAUGCCUGACAUAGACUUGAACCUGAAGAGUCCUAAAUUGAAGGGAGAUGUGGAUGUUUCUGUUCCAAAGAUACAAGGUGAUUUCAAGGGACCUGAAUUAGAUCUUAAAGCUCCCAAAGUACACAUUGAUGCACCAGAUGUAGAUAUUCAUGGCCCAGAUAGUAAACUGAAAAUGCCUAAACUGAAAAUGCCUAAAUUUGGUGUGCCUGGGCUGAAAGGAGAAGGACCAGAUGUGGAUAUAACACUUCCAAAGGGGGAGGUGGGUGUUUCUGGUCCUAAACUGGACAUUGAUAUCCCAAGUUUGGACACUGAAGUGCCUGAAGGUAAAGUGAGAGGUCCAAAGUUCAGUCUGCCUGAGCUAGAUAUUCAGACACCAAAAGUUUCCAUGCCUGAUGUGAACCUAGGUUUGAAGGCACCUAAACUGAAAGGCGAUGUGGAUAUCACUGUUCCAAAGAUGGAAGGUGAUUUGAAGGGACCCAGCAUUGACAUUAAGGGGCCUCAAAUUGAUAUUGAAAGUCCCCAAAUGGACAUUGAUGUGCCUGAUAUGGAUUUGGAGUGUCCAGAAGGCAAGGUGAAAGGCCCCAAAUUUAGGAUGCCUAAAUUGAACAUCAAGACCCCUAAAAUCUCCAUGACAGAUGUUGACCUGAAUGUAAAAGCACCUAAACUGAAAGGAGAGAUGGAUGUUUCUGUUCCAAAGAUGGGAGGUGAUGUUAAAGGACCCAACAUUGACAUUAAAGGGCCCAAAGUUGAUGUAGAUGUUCCUGAUGUUGACCUAGAAUGUCCAGAAGCCAAACUGAAAAUGCCAAAAAUGAAGUUUCCAAAGUUUGGCAUGCCUGGAUUCAAAGAAGGCUCUGACAUGGAUGUGAAACUCCCUAAGGGAAAGGUGGACAUUUCUGGUCCCAAAGUGGAUAUUGAUGCUCCAGAUUUGGACAUAGAAGAACCAGAUGGAAAAAUAAAAGGUCCUAAAUUUAAGAUGCCUGAAAUGCACAUAAAAGCACCUAAAAUAACUAUGCCAGACAUUGACUUGAAUUUGAAAGGCCCUAAACUGAAGGGAGAUGUGGAUGUCUCUGUUCCAAAGAUUGAGGGUGAUCUCAAGGGGCCUGAUUUUGACCUGAAAGGCCCCAAAGUUGACAUUGAUGUACCAGACGUGGAUCUUCAUGGCCCAGAGGGUAAACUCAAAAUGCCUAAAUUCAAAAUGCCCAAGUUUGGCAUGCCUGGUUUCAAAGGGGAGGGACCAGAGGUGGAUGUGAAGCUUCCAAAAGGGGAAGUAGACAUUUCUGGUCCCAAGAUAGACAUUGAUGCUCCAGAGUUGAAUAUUGAAGGUCCUGAAGGAAAGCUGAAAGGUCCCAAAUUUAAGAUGCCUGAAAUGAACAUCAAGGCACCUAAAAUAUCCAUGCCAGAUAUUGAUUUGAAUUUGAAAGGCCCUAAACUAAAGGGAGAUGUGGAUGUGACUGUACCGAAGAUUGAGGGUGAUUUGAAGGGUCCUGACUUCGAUAUCAAAGGCCCUAACGUUGACAUUGAUGUACCAGACGUGGAUCUUCAUGGCCCAGAGGGUAAACUCAAAAUGCCUAAAUUCAAAAUGCCCAAGUUUGGCAUGCCUAGUCUUAAAGGAGAAGGGCCAGACGUGGAUGUGAAGCUUCCAAAGGGGGACUUUGAUCUGUCAGGUCCAAAAGUUGAUAUUGAUGCUCCAGAAUUGGAUAUAGAAGGUCCAGAGGGAAAGCUGAAAGGUCCCAAAUUUAAGAUGCCUGAAAUGAACAUCAAAGCACCCAAAAUCUCCAUGCCAGAUGUUGAUUUACAUUUGAAAGGCCCUAAACUGAAGGGAGAUGUGGAUGUGUCUGUUCCAAAGAUUGAGGGUGAUUUCAAGGGGCCUGAUUUUGACCUGAAAGGCCCUAAAGUUGGCAUUCAUGCACCAGACGUGGAUCUUUAUGGCCCAGAGGGUAAACUUAAAAUGCCUAAAUUCAAAAUGCCCAAGUUUGGUAUGCCUGGAUUCAAAGGGGAGGGACCAGAUGUUGAUGUAAGUCUUCCAAAAGGGGAGAUUGAUCUUUCAGGUCCAAAAGUUGACAUUGAUGUUCCUGAUAAAGUUGGCAUUCAUGCACCAGACGUGGAUCUUUAUGGCCCAGAGGGUAAACUUAAAAUGCCUAAAUUCAAAAUGCCCAAGUUUGGUAUGCCUGGAUUCAAAGGGGAGGGACCAGAUGUUGAUGUAAGUCUUCCAAAAGGGGAGAUUGAUCUUUCAGGUCCAAAAGUUGACAUUGAUGUUCCUGAUUUGGAUAUUGAAGGGCCAGAAGGAAAACUAAAGGGUCCCAAAUUUAAGAAGCCUGAAAUGAAUAUCAAGGCACCCAAAAUCUCUAUGCCAGAUGUUGAUUUACACUUGAAAGGUCCUAAACUGAAGGGAGAUAUGGAUGUUUCUGUUCCAAAGAUUGAGGGUGAUUUGAAGGGGCCUGAUUUUGAUCUGAAAGGCUCCAAAGCUAACAUUGAUGUACCAGACGUGGAUCUUCAUGGCCCAGAGGGAAAACUGAAAGGUCCCAAAUUUAAGAUGCCUGAAAUGAACAUCAAGGCACCUAAAAUAUCCAUGCCAGAUAUUGAUUUAAAUUUGAAAGGCCCUAAACUGAAGGGAGACGUAGGUGUGUCGGUACCAAAUAUUGAGGGUGAUUUGAAGGGUCCUGAGUUUGAUAUCAAAGGCCCUAAAAUUGACAUUGAUGUACCAGACGUGGAUCUUCAUGGCCCAGAGGGUAAACUCAAAAUGCCUAAAUUCAAAAUGCCCAAAUUUGGCAUGCCUAGUCUUAAAGGAGAAGGGCCCGAAGUGGAUGUGAAGCUUCCAAAGGGGGAAAUUGAUCUAUCAGGUCCAAAAGUUGACAUUGAUACUCCUGAUUUGGAUAUUGAUGGGCCAGAAGGAAAACUGAAAGGUCCCAAAUUUAAGAUGCCUGAGAUGAACAUCAAGGCAGCGAAAAUAUCCAUGCCAGAUAUUGAUUUGAAUUUGAAAGGCCCUAAACUGAAGGGAGAUGUGGAUGUGUCUGUUCCAAAGAUUGAGGGUGAUUUGAAGGGGCCUGAUUUUGACCUCAAAGACCCUAAAAUUGACCUGGAUGUACCAGACGUGGACCUUCAUGGCCCAGAGGGUAAACUCAAAAUGCCUAAAUUCAAAAUGCCCAAAUUUGGCAUGCCUAGUCUUAAAGGAGAAGGGCCCGAAGUGGAUGUGAAGCUUCCAAAAGGGGAAGUGGACAUUUCAGGUCCCAAGAUAGGCUUUGAUGCUCCAGAGUUAGAUAUUGAAGGUCCAGAGGGAAAGCUGAAAGGCCCUAAAUUUAAGAUGCCUGAGAUGAACAUCAAGGCAGCGAAAAUAUCCAUGCCAGAUAUUGAUUUGAAUUUGAAAGGCCCUAAACUGAAGGGAGAUGUGGAUGUGUCUGUACCGAAGAGUGAGGGUGAUUUGAAGGGGCCUGACUUUGAUAUCAAAGGCCCUAAAGUUGACAUUGAUGUACCAGACGUGGAUCUUCAUGGCCCAGAGGGUAAACUCAAAAUGCCUAAAUUCAAAAUGCCCAAGUUUGGCAUGCCUGGUUUCAAAGGGGAGGGACCAGAGGUGGAUGUGAAGCUUCCAAAAGGAGAAGUGGACAUUUCUGGCCCCAAGAUAGGCAUUGAUGCUCCAGAGUUGGAUAUUGAAGGUCCAGAGGGAAAGCUGAAAGGCCCUAAAUUUAAGAUGCCUGAAAUGAACAUCAAGGCACCGAAAAUAUCCAUGCCAGAUAUUGAUUUGAAUUUGAAAGGCCCUAAACUGAAGGGAGAUGUGGAUGUGUCUGUACCAAAGAUUGAGGGUGAUUUGAAGGGUCCUGACUUUGAUAUCAAAGGCCCUAAAAUUGACAUUGAUGUACCAGACAUGGAUCUUCAUGGCCCAGAGGGUAAACUCAAAAUGCCUAAAUUCAAAAUGCCCAAGUUUGGCAUGCCUGGUUUCAAAGGGGAGGGGCCAGACGUGGAUGUGAAGCUUCCAAAGGGGGACAUUGAUCUGUCAGCUCCAAAAGUUGACAUUGAUACUCCUGAUUUGGAUAUUGAGGGGCCAGAAGGAAAACUGAGAGGUCCCAAAUUUAAGAUGCCUGAAAUGCAUAUUAAAGCACCCAAAAUCUCCAUGCCAGAUUUUGACUUGAAUUUGAAAGGCCCUAAAAUGAAGGGAGAUGUGGAUGUGUCUAUACCAAAGAUUGAGGGUGAUUUGAAGGGGCCAGAUUUUGAUCUCAAAGGCCCCAAAGUGGACAUUGAUGUACCAGACGUGGAUCUUCAUGGCCCAGAGGGUAAACUCAAAAUGCCUAAAUUCAAAAUGCCCAAGUUUGGCAUGCCUAGUCUUAAAGGGGAAGGACCAGAGGUGGAUGUGAAGCUUCCAAAAGGGGAGGUGGAUAUUUCUGGGCCGGAGGUAGCUAUAGAGACCCCAGACAUGAACAUUGAUGGUCCAGAGGGAAAGUUGAAAGGCCCUAAAUUUAAGAUGCCUGAAAUGAACAUCAAGGCUCCUAAAAUUUCUAUGCCAGACUUUGAUUUGAACCUGAAAGGCCCGAAAGUGAAGGGGGAUGUGGAUGUUUGUGUUCCAAAAUUGAAAGGUGAUUUGCAAGGGUCUGGGGUUGAUAUCAAAGGUCCCAAAUUGAACAUUGAUACUCCAGAGUUGGAUAUUGAAGGUCCAGAGGGAAAGCUGAAAGGUCCCAAAUUUAAGAUGCCUGAAAUGCACAUCAAGGCACCCAAAAUUUCCAUGCCAGAUGUUGAUUUACACUUGAAAGGCCCUAAACUGAAGGGAGAUGUGGAUGUGUCUGUUCCAAAGAUUGAGGGUGAUUUGAAGGGGCCUGAUUUUGACCUCAGAGACCCCAAAGUUGAUAUUGAUGUACCAGACGUGGACCUUCAUGGCCCAGAGGGUAAACUCAAAAUGCCUAAAUUCAAAAUGCCCAAGUUUGGCAUGCCUGGGUUCAAAGGGGAGGGACCAGAUGUUGAUGUAAGCCUUCCAAAAGGGGAGAUUGAUGUGUCAGGUCCAAAAGUUGACAUUGAAGCUCCUGAUUUGGAUAUUGAGGCGCCGGAAGGAAAACUGAAAGGUCCCAAAUUUAAGAUGCCUGAAAUGCACAUCAAGGCACCCAAAAUUUCCAUGCCAGAUGUUGAUUUACACUUGAAGGGCCCUAAACUGAAGGGAGAUGUAGAUGUGUCUGUACCAAAGAUUGAGGGUGAUUUGAAGGGACCUGAUUUUGACCUCAGAGGCCCCAAAGUUGAUAUUGAUGUACCAGACGUGGACCUUCAUGGCCCAGAGGGUAAACUCAAAAUGCCUAAAUUCAAAAUGCCCAAGUUUGGCAUGCCUGGAUUCAAAGGGGAGGCACCAGAUUUUGAUGUAAACCUUCCAAAAGGAGAGAUUGACCUGUCAGGUCCAAACGUUGACAUUGAUGCUCCAGAGUUGGAUUUUGAGGGGCCAGAAGGAAAGGUGAAAGGUCCCAAAUUUAAGAUGCCUGAAAUGCACAUCAAGGCACCCAAAAUCUCCAUGCCAGAUGUUGAUUUACACUUGAAAGGACCUAAACUGAAGGGAGAUGUGGAUGGUUCAGUUCCAAAGAUUGAGGGUGAUUUGAAGUGUCCUGACUUCGAUAUCAAAGGCCCUAAAGUUGACAUUGAUGUACCAGACGUGGAUCUUCAUGGCCCAGAGGGUAAACUCAAAAUGCCUAAAUUCAAAAUGCCCAAAUUUGGCAUGCCUGGGUUCAAAGGGGAGGGACCAGAUGUAGAUGUAAGCCUUCAAAAAGGGGAGAUUGAUCUGUCAGCUCCAAAAGUUGACAUUGAUGUUCCUGAUUUGGAUAUUGAAGGGCCAGAAGGAAAACUAAAGGGUCCCAAAUUUAAGAAGCCCGACAUGCAUUUUAAUGUUCCCAAAAUCUCCAUGCCAGAUAUCGAUUUAAAUGUGAAAGGUCCUAAUCUGAAAGGAGAUGUGGAUGUAUCUGUUCCUAAAGUAGGGGGUGAUUUGAAAGGUCCCAAAGUUGAACUGAAAGGGCCAGAUAUUGACCUUGAGGCCCCAAAACUUGAUAUAGAAGGAAAGACAAAAAAAUCAAGAUUUAAACUGCCCAAAUUCAGUUUUUCUGGCCCAAAAGUUCAGACCCCUGAUGUGGAUGUGAAAGUUAAGAAAUCUGAUAUUGAUGUAUCUGGACCAAAGGUGGAUGUGAGUGUUCCAGAUGUGGAUAUUCAAGGGAAAGCAAAGGGAUCCAAAUUUAAAAUGCCGUUCCUCAGUAUUUCAUCACCUAAAGUGUCAAUGCCAGAUGUAGAGUUAAAUCUAAAAGGUUCUAAACUGAAAGGAGAGCUAGAUGUUUCAUGUCCAAAGCUGGAAGGGGAUUUAAAAGGGCCCGAAAUGGACAUCAAAAGUCCCCAUGUAGACAUCGAUGCAUCAGACAUUGAUAUUCAUGGUCCAGAAGGGAAACUCAAAAUACCCAAAUUGAAAAUGCCUAAAUUUGGCAUGCCUGGGUUCAAAGGAGAGGGACCAGAUAUGGAUGUAAACCUUCCAAAAGGGGAGGUGGAUAUUUCAGGUCCCAAAAUAGACAUUGAUGUUCCAGAUUUGGAAAUUGAAGGUCCUGAGGGAAAACUGAAAGGCUCCAAAUUUAAAAUGCCUGAAAUGCAUUUCAAUGUUCCUAAAAUUUCCAUGCCAGACAUUGAUUUGAACUUGAAAGGCCCUAAAUUAAAGGGGGAUGUGGAUGUUUCUGUUCCAAAAUUGGAAGGGGAGUUGAAAGGCCCAGAAGUUGAUAUCAAAGGCCCCAAACUGGACAUAGAUGCCCCUGAUGUGGAGAUUGAAGGUCCAGAUGGGAAGUGGAAGGGCCCCAAAUUCAAGAUGCCCGAUAUGCAUUUUAAAUCACCUAAAAUCUCCAUGCCAGAUUUUGAUUUUAACUUGAAAGGCCCUAAGUUGAAGGGGGAUGUAGAUGUUUCUGUUCCAAAAUUGGAAGGAGAUUUGAAAGCCCCAGAUGUUGAUAUUAAAGGUCCCAAAUUGGACAUAGAUACUCCUGAUCUUGAUAUUGAAGGACCAGAGGGAAAACUCAAAGGUCCCAAAUUUAAGAUGCCUGAGAUGCACAUCAAGGCACCUAAAAUUUCCAUGCCAGACAUUGAUUUGAAUUUGAAAGGCCCUAAAUUAAAGGGGGAUGUGGAUGUUUCUGUUCCAAAAUUAGAAGGGGAUUUGAAAGGCCCAGAAAUCGAUAUCAAAGGCCCCAAACUGGACAUAGAUGCCCCUGAUGUGGAGAUUGAAGGUCCAGAUGGGAAAUGGAAGGGCCCCAAAUUCAAGAUGCCUGAUAUGCAUUUUAAAACACCAAAAAUCUCCAUGCCAGAUUUUGAUUUGAACCUGAAAGGCCCAAAAGUAAAGGGGGAUGUGGAUGUUUCUGGCCCUAAACUGGAAGGGGAUUUGAAAGGUCCUCAGUUUGAUAUCCAAGGCCCCAAAGUAGACAUUGAUGCUCCUGAUAUUGAAGGUCCUGAAGGAAAAUGGAAAGGCCCCAAAUUUAAGAUGCCUGAAAUGAACAUCAAGGCACCAAAAGUCUCAAUGCCCGAUAUUGAUUUUAACUUAAAGGGCCCUAAACUAAAAGGAGACAUAGGUGGUUCUGGCCCUAAACUGGAAGGAGAUUUGAAGGGACCUGAAAUUGAUAUCAGAAGUCCCAAGAUGGACAUUGAUGCACCAGACAUGGAUAUUCACGGCCCAGAGGGUAAACUGAAAAUGCCUAAAUUCAAAAUGCCUAAAUUCGGAAUGCCCGGGUUCAGAGGAGAAGGCCCAGAUGUGGAUCUAAGUCUUCCAAAAGGAGAGAUUGAUAUUUCAGGACCUAAAAUAGACAUUGAUGCUCCUGAUGUGGAAAUUGAAGGACCAGAAGGAAAAUGGAAAGGCCCAAAAUUUAAGAUGCCUGAAAUGAAUAUCAAGGCACCUAAAAUUUCUAUGCCAGACUUUGAUUUGAAUUUGAAAGGCCCUAAGUUGAAGGGAGAUGUGGAUGUUUCUGUUCCAAAAUUGGAAGGGGAUUUGAAAGGCCCAAAAGUCGAUAUUAAAGGCCCCAAAAUGGACAUAGAUGCCCCUGAUGUGGAGAUUGAAGGUCCAGAUGGGAAGUGGAAGGGCCCCAAAUUCAAGAUGCCUGAUAUGCAUUUUAAAUCACCUAAAAUCUCCAUGCCAGAUUUUGAUUUUAACUUGAAAGGCCCUAAGUUGAAGGGGGAUGUAGAUGUUUCUGUUCCAAAAUUGGAAGGAGAUUUGAAAGCCCCAGAUGUUGAUAUUAAAGGUCCCAAAUUAGACAUAGAUGUUCCAGAUCUUGACAUUGAGGGACCAGAGGGAAAACUGAAAGGUCCUAAAUUUAAGAUGCCUGAGAUGCACGUCAAAGCACCUAAAAUUUCCAUGCCAGACAUUGAUUUGAAUCUGAAAGGCCCAGAAGUUGAUAUCAAAGGCCCCAGAUUGGAAACAGAUGCGCCUGAUAUGGACAUUGAAGGUCCAGAUGGGAAGUGGAAAGGCCCCAAAUUCAAGAUGCCUGACAUGCAUUUUAAAGCACCUAAAAUUUCCAUGCCAGAUUUUGAUUUGAAUGUAAAGGGUCCGAAAAUCAAGGGAGAUAUGGACAUUUCAGGCCCUAAACUGGAAGGGGAUUUGAAAGGCCCUGAUUUUGACCUCAAAGGCCCCAAAGUUGACAUUGAUGUACCAGAUGUGGAUCUUCAUGGCCCAGAGGCUAAACUCAAAAUGCCUAAAUUCAGAAUGCCCAAAUUUGGCAUCUCCGGGUUCAAAGGGGAAGGCCCUGACGUGGAUGUAAAACUUCCAAAGGGGGAGGUGGAUAUUUCUGGCCCCAAAGUAGACGUAGAUGCCCCAGAUUUGAACAUUGAAGGUCCGGAGGGAAAGUUGAAAGGCCCUAAAUUUAAGAUGCCUGAAAUGAACAUCAAGGCACCUAAAAUUUCUAUGCCAGACAUUGACAUGAAUUUGAAAGGCCCUAAAUUAAAGGGGGAUGUGGAUGUUUCUGUUCCAAAAUUUGAAGGCCCAGAAGUUGAUAUCAAAGGCCCCAGAUUGGAAACAGAUGUGCCUGAUGUGGACAUUGAAGGUCCAGAUGGAAAAUGGAAAGGCCCCAAAUUAAAGAUGCCUGACAUGCAUUUUAAAGCACCUAAAAUUUCCAUGCCAGAUUUUGAUUUGAAUGUAAAGGGUCCGAAAAUCAAGGGAGAUAUGGACAUUUCAGGCCCUAAACUGGAAGGGGAUUUGAAAGGCCCUGAUUUUGACCUCAAAGGCCCCAAAGUUGACAUUGAUGUACCAGACGUGGAUCUUCAUGGCCCAGGCAAAGGGGAAGGCCCUGACGUGGAUGUAAAACUUCCAAAGGGGGAGGUGGAUAUUUCUGGCCCCAAAGUAGACGUAGAUGCCCCAGAUUUGAACAUUGAAGGUCCGGAGGGAAAGUUGAAAGGCCCUAAAUUUAAGAUGCCUGAAAUGAACAUCAAGGCACCUAAAAUUUCCAUGCCAGACAUUGACUUGAAUUUUAAAGGCCCUAAGCUGAAGGGGGAUGUGGAUGUUUCUGUUCCAAAAUUGGAAGGGGACCUGAAAGGCCCAGAAUUCGAUAUCAAAGGUCCCAAACUGGACAUAGAUGCCCCUGAUGUGGAGAUUGAAGGUCCAGAUGGGAAAUGGAAGGGCCCCAAAUUUAAGAUGCCUGACAUGCAUUUUAAAGCACCUAAAAUCUCCAUGCCAGACUUUGAUCUGAAUUUAAAAGGCCCCAAAUUGAAGGGAGAUGUGGAUGUGCCAAAUAUUGAAGGUGAUUUGAAAGGCCCUGAAGUCGAUAUUAAAGGCCCCAAAUUGGACAUAGAUGCCCCAGAUGUGGAGAUUGAGGGCCCAGAAGGAAAAUGGAAAGGCCCCAAAUUUAAGAUGCCCGAAAUGCAUAUUAAGGCACCUAAACUAUCCAUGCCUGACGUGGACUUCAACCUUAAAGGCCCUAAGCUAAAAGGAGAUAUAGAUGUUUCUGGACCUAAGUUGGAAGGUGAUUUGAAAUGUCCUGAAUUUGAUAUCAAAGGUCCCAAAGUGGAUAUUGAUGCGCCAGACAUUGAUAUUCAUGGCCCUGAAGGAAAACUGAAAAUGCCUAAAAUGAAGAUGCCUAAAUUCAGCAUGCCUGGGUUCAAAGGGGAAGGCCCGGAUGUGGAUGUAAGUCUUCCAAAAGGAGGGGUUGAUAUUUUGGGUCCUAAGAUGGACAUUGAUGUCCCUGAUUUAGAUAUCGAAGGGCCUGAAGGAAAAUGGAAAGGUCCAAAAUUUAAGAUGCCUGAAAUGAAUAUCAAGGCACCUAAAAUCUCCAUGCCAGAUAUUGAUUUAAACUUAAAAGGUUCUAAACUGAAAGGAGACAUGGAUGUUUCUGUCCCUAACAUAGAAGGUGAUUUAAAAGGUCCUGAGAUUGACAUUAAAUCCCCCAAAAUGUCUGUUGAAGUUCCUGAUGUUGACAUUCAAGGUCCAGAAGGAAAACUGAAAGGUCCUAAAUUUAAGAUGCCAGAAAUGCAUAUUAAAGCACCCAAAAUCUCCAUGCCAGAUUUUGACUUGAAUUUAAAAGGGCCUAAACUAAAGGGAGACAUGGAUGUUUCUGUUCCAAAGAUUGAGGGGGAUUUGAAAGGUCCUGAUUUUGAUCUCAAAGGCCCCAAAUUGGACAUAGAUGUUCCUGAUGUCGACAUUGAAGGUCCAGAAGGAAAACUCAAAGGUCCCAAAUUUAAGAUGCCUGAAAUGCACAUCAAGGCCCCUAAAAUCUCCAUGCCAGAUGUAGACCUGAAUCUAAAGGCACCUAAACUGAAAGGAGACAUAGGUCUUUCUGGUCCAAAAAUAGAGGGUGAUUUGAAAGGUCCUGAAUUUGAUAUUAAAGGUCCUAAAGUGGAUAUUGAUGCACCAGACAUUGAUAUUCAUGGCCCUGAAGGAAAACUGAAAAUGCCCAAAAUGAAGCUGCCUAAAUUCAGUACGCCUGGGUUCAGAGGGGAAGGGCUGGAUGUGGACGUAAGUCUUCCAAAGGGAGAGAUUGAUCUAUCAGGUCCAAAAACAGACAUUGAUGCUCCUGAUUUGGACAUUGAAGGUCCAGAAGGAAAACUGAAAGGGCCAAAAUUUAAGAUGCCUGAGAUGCAUUUUAAGACACCUAAAAUCUCAAUGCCAGAUAUUGACUUAAAUUUGAAAGGUCAUAAAAUGAAGGGGGACUUAGAUGUUUCUGUCCCCAAGAUUGAAGGUAAUCUUAAAGGUCCUGAAGUUGAUAUCAAAGGCCCAGAACUUGGGGUUAGAAGUCCUGAGCUUGAUGUUGAGUGUCCAGAUGUGACCACUGAAGGCCUUGAAGGCAAUGUUAAACUUCCCAAAUUUAAGAAACCAAAAUUUGGGUUUGGAAUUAAAAGUCCUAAGACAGAAAUCAAACCUCCUGAAGUGGAUAUUGCUGUCCCAGAAGGUGAACUGAAUGUGGAAUCCCCUGAUAUUGGCCUGUCUGGGAAAGGAAAGAAAAGCAAAUUUAAAAUGCCAAAACUUCAUAUGAGUGGUCCUAAAAUUAAAGGAAAGAAGGGUGGAUUUGAUGUGAAUCUACCUAGUGGUGAUGCAGAUGUAAAUUUGAAAUCUCCUGAUUUAGAUCUGAAUGUAGCUGGCCCAGAUGCAACUAUAAAAGGAGAUAUUAAUGUCAAAUCCCCCAAAGGAAAGAAACCAAUGUUUGGGAAACUCUCUUUUCCAGAUGUUGAGUUUGAUAUUAAAUCACCUAAGUUCAAAGCUGAUGCUUCUGUGACAGUUCCUAAAAUGGAAGGAGAAUUUAAAGCACCUGAUUUGGAAGUUUCUGCACCAGGUAUCAAAGGUGACAUAAAGUCACCAGGUCUUGACAUUACAACUCCCAGUAUCAGCACAAAACUUCCUAAUGUUAACAUUGAAGGUCCUGAUAUCAAUCUUAAGAAACCUAAGGUCAAACUUCCAAGUGGAAAUAUUGAUAUAGCUGGUCCCAAAAUGGAAGGUGAUCUGAGAAUCCCAGGUAUUGAUGCAGACAUUAAUGCCCCUGACAUCAAAUUGAAAGGACCUACAGUCAAUCUGCCUUCAGUGGACAUUUCUGCUCCUUCAUUCUCCGCAUCUGAUUUUGAUAUGAACUUGAAAGGACCAAAAAUAAAAGGUGACGUCAGUCUUCCCACAGCAGAAUUAGAAGGUCCAGGAGGAAAACUAAAAUUUCCCAAGUUCUCACUGCCCAAGAUAGGGAAACCAGGUCUGAAUUUGGAAGGAGCUGAGAUGCAGCUUCCCUCAGCAAGCGUAGAUGUUUCAACCCCAAGUAUAGAAGGAGGUGUGAGUGUUCCUGCAGCUGAAGGAUUAGAUGCAAAACUGAAGGGACCUAAGAUGACUAUGCCAUCAGUAAACCUUUCAAUGCCCCAAGUCUCUGGACCUGAUUUUGAUGUAAACUUGAAAGGACCAAAACUAAAAGGAGACCUGGAUGCUUCUAGUGAUCUUAAAGGUCCAAAAGUGGACAUACAUUCUCCAGAUGUUGAUAUUAAGGGCCUUGGAGGAAAACUUAAAUUUCCCAAAUUUAAAUCUCCAACUGUGGAGGGACCUCACAUAGACAUGAACAUGGAAGGGGAUGCUGGGUUUUCUGUCCCGCAACUUGAGGGUGGCAUAAAAGCACCAGGUAUGGAUGUACAUCUCAGUGCCCCAGACCUUGAUAUCAAAGGGCCUGCAGUGAAAAUGCCAUCAGGAGGUAUUUCUGCCCCAGGUUUUGAUGUAAAUUUGAAAGGACCAAAGUUAAAAGGAGAUCUUGAUCUUUCUGGUGGCAUUAAAUCCCCCAAGGUGGCUAUAGAUGCACCUGAUGUUAACUUGGAAGGUCUUGGAGGUGCAAUUAAACUUCCUUCUCUAAAGCUCCCCCAAUUUGGCAUUUCUAGUCCUCAUGUUGAGGGGUCUGAAAUGGGUAUGAAUAUUGAAGGACCACAAAUUAAAGGAGACCUUAUCGGCACAGGUAUUGAUGGAGAGUUGAAAGGGCCUACAGUUAAAAUACAGCCACUUAAAAUUUCAACUCCAAAAAUCUCUACAUCUGACAUUGAUUUUAACUUAAAAGGACCAAACCUAAAGGGUGAUAUUAAUAUUUCUGGCGAUGUUAAAGGCCCAAAAGUUGGAAUGGAAGCACCAGACAUCAGCAUGAAAAGCUCACAUGGAAAUAUUCAAAUGCCUUCAGUUAAACUGCCCAAAUGUGACAUUUCAGGUUCCCAAGGCAUGAAGGUUUCGGGGGUGGGUAUUGCUGCUGAUGCUCCUGAUGUCAGCUUAACAGGUCCUUCCUUCAGUGUAUCAACACCAAAAGUUUCUGGGUCAGAUUUCGAUGUGAAUUUGAAAGGGCCUAAAAUCAAAGGAGGUUUCGGCAUUUCUGGAGACAUGAAAGCGCCACUCUUGGGCGUUGAGCAUUCAGGUGGUGAAUUCAAAGGGCCACAGCUUUCAUCUUCUGGUUUUGAUGUAGCAAUGAAUGUGCCAAAUGUUGCAGGAGGUCUUCAUGUUUCUGGACCAAAGAUAGAGGGUGGUCUGGAAGGUCCCAAAGUAGGACUCAAAGGUCCUGGCAUAGAUAUGAGUUUUCCACAAAGUAACUUAGAAAGUGCCUCAGGAAAAGUGACAUUCCCUAGGAUGAAAUUGCCUAAAUUUGUGUCUUCGGGACAUGAGGUAACAGGAAGAGAAGUGGGGGUUGAUGUUAACUUCCCUCAGCCAGAUGCCAGUCUCCAGGCCGGUGUGAUGGAGGCUGAGAGCGAAGAGCCAGAUGUCAAGCUUAAGAAAUCUAAAAUUAAAAUGCCAAAGUUUAAUUUUUCAAAACCUAAGGGCAAAGGCACUAGUGUUGGCUCAACAGAAGUCUCAGUGUCCGUUUCAGGGUCUAAAGGAGAACUGAAGAGUUCCAAGGCAAGUCUAGGUUCUAUGGAGGGCGAAUUGGAGGGAGGGGAAGCUGCUGCCACUUCACCUAAAGGCAAGUUUUCGUUAUUUAAAAGCAAAAAGCCACGUCAUCGGUCAUCUUCCUUUAGUGAUGAACAUUCCUCCCAGUCAACCCCUACUGGCACGUUGGAGUUUGAGUGCAGCUCAGGAGCAGAGAAAGAAAAACAGGCCAAGAUGAAAUUUGGAACAUUUGGAGGAAUAGGGUCAAAAACUAAAGGUUCUUAUGAGGUAACUGGAAGUGAUGAUGAAGCAGGAAAGAUGCCAGGGAGUGGGGUCUCAUUAACGUCCAAGAAAUCCCGCCUGUCUUCCUCGUCGAGUAACGAUAGCGGGACAAAGGGGGGAUUCCGAGUACCAGCAGUAGAACUGACUGUUGCCAAAAAGAAAGAGUAAAGCGUCCAUGUAUAUAUGUCUGUAUAUAUAUAUCUUCUGUGUGUUUGUAUAUAAAUUUCAUAGCUUGAAAUACUUUCAAUCUCAGCAAUAAAAUGAACGGUGCCUAGUGAAAUGGUAGACUUAGCUUGCCUACCCAAAAGAGAGGAGAUUUUAAGUGACCCUGCAGCUGCACCACAGUUCAACUGAUGUAUUUGAAAGUUUCUUCAUUUUCAUGACUUUGGUUUGUGCAUUAAAUGCUGAGAGCUUAAGUUUACUAGCAAGCUAUUUUGAUAUCCUUUUCAUUUUACUGGAUAUUUUCAGUGUCAGUUUGUGGAAAUAAUAUUUCCAUUUUAAGUACCUUUUGGCUUUUAUUUGCAGGGCUUACAUUUCUAUAAUGAGAAUGGAUAUACUGAAAACACUGUAAAAUAUAUAGAUACAACUGAAAUAUGUCACUUGCCCUUGUAAGAUGGAGUUUAAAAUGACUUGGAGUGUUUAUCACAGAAACCUAUGAUUGCUAUUAGCUUUGAUAGUUGUAAUGGUGAGAAAUGUAUUUUAAUUUAAGACCAGAGAACCUGGGCUACUUAAGAUAAAUGUCAUGAAGAAAAACAGAAUUUACCAAUAAAAGACUAACCUUGACUCUACAUGUUUUGGAUUGAAUGCGACUGACACCAUCUUAGUUGUCUCCAUAUGUUUGUUUCAUUAUUUGUAUUAUAAGAGAGGACUUUUCUUAGUUAUGAUGCAAAAAUCUGUGACUGCCACUUUUCUGAGAUUUAUUAUAAUUUCUGUUAACAAAUGUAUCUUGAUUUAAAAAAAAUAUUUCAGCACUUUAAUGGCAAAUUAAUUGAGAAUGUAAGAAGAUUGAUCUUGUAAAAUGCAAAUAAACUGUUUAUUAACCUUG